AUGGGAGGAGGACAUCAACCAUUCCACGUAGCUAAGCAUCACAAAUACAUUUCAGUUGCUUUAGGAACCACCAUGUGGUUCUGGGUAUUCUACAGAGCCAAGCAAGAUUGGAGAUCAUUCUUGGGUUUAGAGUUCCCAUGGGAUCAUGGACAUGGUCAUCACAUUGCACCAAAAAAUAACAAUAAUCAUGAUGGUGGACAUCAUUAA